AUAAUAAUGGGUGUCCCUUGUUUCUGCCUCCAGACCCCGUUUGUCUCACUCUUCAGCUCUCUCAUGGAGACCCAUUUUACAGAAAGCUCCAUCCACACUGCUUCGUGUUUUGGCUCAAUAGCUUUCGAAGUGGAACGCGCACGACAGUACUGUGUUAAACAGUUUUAAAUCUUUUCUGGGUUAUUUUUGUUGGAGCAUUUCGUAAGGUUGCUUGUGAUAAAAUUUUGUGCUGCUGUCGAGUUGUUGUAUUAUGAUUUCUGAAAAUUGAAUGAUAGAGCAGGGGAAGAGGCUUGUUUUGUAAGAUAAAGAAGUAAUCACAGGAAGUUCAACUCCUCUUUUUUUUUUGGCUUCUAUGGAGCAAAAGAAGGGCGGAUGGCAGUGGAAAAUGAUGUGCUCUCGAGGAUGAACGGUUGGAGAGGGUCACCUCACACAGUAAAGGGCAUCGAAGCUUACUUUGAAGCAUGAGGACAGAAAAGCAGGAGAGAGAAAAGGAGAAAAAGGGCAACAUGCCAACAGUUUGGUUUUCCUUGAAGAGGUCUCUGCACUGCAAAUCAGAGCCCUCAGAUGUUCAUGACCCAAAGGCCAGGAGCCAGCUGAGCUCAAUCUUGACCAAGAAAGGAGGGAGGUCGGGCUGUUCAAGGUCCAUAGCAAAUCUCAAAGACGUCAUCCAUGGAAGUAAGAGACACUUGGAGAAGCCCCCAAGUUGCAGCCCAAGAUCUAUUGGGAGCAGUGAAUUCCUCAACCCAAUUACCCAUGAAGUAAUCCUCAACAAUUCGACGUGCGAACUCAAAAUCAGUGGCUUCGGCGGUUUCCAAGAGGGGAUUGGUGGCGGCGGAGGAGGAGGGGGCGGCGGCGGCGGCGGCGGCGGCGGCGUUGGCGUUGGCGUUGGUGGUGGCUCUACCUUUGUGGGUACCCUUCGGCCGGGUACCCCUGGCCCUGGAGGGCAGUACCCCACAAUGCAAUAUUUCAACCCUUCGUUCAGGGGCUCAUCACCUCCUCCGAAGAAGUCUCCUUAUCUUACAUCAGAAAGGGAAGGUUCUGGAUUUGGAGGUUCUGCAGUUUUUGGUGGAGGGGGUAACAACAGUAGGGUUUCUCUUGAAACGGAUUAUAAUGGGUCUUCUACUGUUGCAUGUCACAAGUGUGGAGAGCAGUUUGGGAAGUGGGAAGCUGCUGAAGCACAUCAUCUCUCUAAGCAUGCUGUUACAGAACUUUUGGAGGGUGACUCAUCUAGGAAGAUUGUUGAAAUUAUAUGCCGGACAAGCUGGUUGAAGUCUGAGAGCCAUUGUGGCAGGAUUGAGAGGGUGCUGAAAGUGCACAACAUGCAGAAGACUCUUGCUCGAUUCGAAGAGUACAGGGAAAUGGUGAAGAUCAAGGCCAGCAAACUCCCCAAGAAACACCCACGCUGUCUUGCAGAUGGGAACGAACUGCUAAGAUUCUACGGCACAACAAUGGCAUGUGCUCUUGGUGCAAAUGGUUCCUCUUGUCUCUGCAUAUCAGAAAACUGUUGUGUUUGUAGAAUUAUAAGAAAUGGCUUCUCAGCCAAGAAGGAACUCAAAGGUGGAAUUGGUGUUUUUACUACUUCCACGAGUGGAAGGGCUUUUGAAUCUAUUGAAACAUAUGAAGAUCCAUCUCCAAGGAAAGCUUUAAUAGUCUGCAGAGUAAUUGCUGGAAGGGUUCAUAGACCCCUGGAGAAUAUACAAGAGAUGGUGGGUCAAUCUGGGUUCGACUCGUUGGCUGGGAAAGUGGGUCUCUAUUCAAAUAUUGAGGAGCUCUAUUUGCUCAAUCCCAGAGCUCUUCUUCCUUGCUUUGUGGUUGUGUGCAAGCCAUGAAGAAAGGGAAAAUUCUUAAAUCAUAUUUAUGAAGGUUUUUUGAAUCUUUAAUCUUUAUUUUUGCCUUCGGUGGAGGUUUUAUUAAAUUUGUUCUCCUCUGCUCGACUCUAAAUUUUCAAAGAUACUGAAAAUUUAUUCUUCCUGAUCCUGGUAACCUCAAAUUGCUUGCCCAUGGAUCAAAGAUUCAAACUCUUUGCUUCUCAAUGUUUGUUGUAUCUGCUUAUCUAAACAUUUGAAUCUUUUAUGAUGUAGUAUUUUCUUCCUAGUCAA